AUGAAUUGUAAUUAAAUAUUUAUUGAUUAACUGAGAUGUCCUGAAUUUUAUACAAAGAAUUAACAUGCAUCACUUAAUUGUCCUCCAAAAUAUUCAUAGAGUUUCAUAAUGAAUUAAAUAAUCAAUAAACCAAGAAUUUUGAGGAAUUAAUAUAGUGUACAGAAAUAUUCGUCAUCAACAGAAGAACUUUGUUAAUCAUUUGAAUAACCUCAAGUGUUGAAUUUAACAAUAUCAUAAUUAAGGGAUAUGAAAUCUUUAAAUAAGACAAAGAAGACUAGUUUAUGUUCAAAGUCUAAGAGUAAAGAGAAAAAUCAACAAAUUUGUAAUCAAAAUCAAGAAAGGAAACGAUCAAACACAUACCAUAUCAAUUCUCUAGCUAAAACAGCUUUGUUAUUUGUAAAUUGUUAAGAUAAGAGAAUGAAAACAACUGAAAAUAUAGAUAAUGUAUUUGAGAUCAAAAACAUAGAAUUAUUGUAAAGUACAUAAUAGAGUGCAAAAUAUAAUGCUUUAAAUACUACAAUAACUUUGCCAAAUAACAAUUAUGAAUCAACUUUACAUUCAUGUGUGUCUUAAGUAAACAUCUCCUUAGCAGAUUAAAUAAAUUUGGUUAAAGAAUAUGUAUCUGAAAGUAAUCAAUAUAAUAUUAAAUGGGAGGAAUCAGAAAAAAUAACCAAAAAUAUCCCUAAAAAGUUAUUAGAAAAAUAUGUUACUUCAGAUGAUACAUCAUUGUAUUUAGAAUCUUCAAGAUUUAAAAUAGAAAGAAAUUUCAAUUAAAUUUAUAAAUCAGGUAAGUUUCGAUGGUUAUAUCCUGGUGAAGAGGCAGCUAUUAUAGAAGGUAUAGAAUCAUUUUUAAAUUGUUGUUCAAAAAAGAUAUCAUUAUUAAUGAUGAGUAUAUAAAAGAUCUUAAAAACAAUAAUUACUUAAAAGAGGUUAGAAUAUUUAUAUAAUUAUCCAAUAUGUAUGAAGUAAAUUGAAGCUCAUUGGAAGAUUAUGGCAACAAUAUUUAAAUUGAAAUAAUAGAAUCGUAUAUAUAAAAAUUAAGUAACAAAUAAAUUAUGGAAAGAUAUUUAAGCAUCAAAAACAUUAUUUUUAGAUUUAAAUCUAGAGAAUAAUAAAUUAGCUCUUUUUGUCAAAUAAUUAUAGCAUUGA